AUGAAAGUAACGGCGAUCUGGGUCUAUCCUAUCAAAGCCCUCCGCGGCAUCUCGCUCCACAACGCCCAUCUGGGGCCCCAGGGGAUCAAGUAUGACCGGCGAUUCAUGCUCUGGAGGGUCGGCGAGGACGGCGGGCUGUCCAAGGUCCAGCUGGAUCGAUAUCCCGAGUGCAGUCGCUUUGCCCCAGAAAUUGUCGGCGAUGAGAUUCACGUGCGAUAUCAGCCUCCAAGGGAUCCUCUGGUGCCUCCAUGUCCGGAGCAGAGCGUCGUGCUGCGCGUGCCUUUGGAUCCAGACGUCUCGCGGCUUGACCGACAGGUCCUCAAUCUCCACCAGGGCAUGGUCAAUGGCUACCGUAUGGGAGCAGCUUACGACGAGUGGUUCACAGCUUGCUUUGGCUUUCCAACAGUCUUGGUCUACAUUGGUGACGAGCGCCGCCCAGUCUUGGGCACCUUUUCGCCCAGAGCUCAGCCCGUUACGCCUCCUCCCACCCAACAGGGCUGGCUCUCCUACCUUUACAGCUUCAUAUGGGGAGGGGCGCAACGGCAGUCCGAGCCCGAGCCAGACUGGCUGACCUUCUCCGACAUGGCAGCCUACCUCGUCGCAAGCGAAAAGUCGCUCCGCAACGUCAACGCGCGGCUCACGAGCGGCGGGGGCCCCGUCGACAUUGUCCGGUUCCGCCCCAACAUCGUCGUCGACGGCGAGGGCGAGGGCGACGAGUUCGACGAGGACUUUUGGGCGGAGCUGUCCAUCCGCGGCCGCCCCGCGCUCGCCAUGACCAAGAUGUGUAACCGGUGCACCUCGCUCAACGUCGACUACGACACGGGGCGGUUCGGCGAGGGCGAGAAGGGCAUGGUGCUCAAGAGGCUCAUGUCGGAUCGGAGGGUGGACAAGGGGUCCAAGUGGACGCCUGUGUUUGGAAAGUACGGCUUCUUGGUCGAUGGCUUGGAUGGGCUUGAUGUGGCGGUUGGGGAUGAGGUUGCUGUGACGAAGAGGACGAGUGAGAGGCCGGUGUGGGACUGGCAGUAUAAGGAUAAGAGCAUUGCUCGCUUCUAUCGCUAUGCGUAG